AUGAGAGAGUUAGACAGGCUACUAGGGCACCAUAUGGCUCAUAAGAGCCUCAUGGGCUUACUUCUAAGCCCAUUUACAAGCUCACGGAUCAUUUGCCUUCAGUCAGAUCCUCUGCCUUCGGCCCUCCGCUUUCAGCCAUCAGCCUUCGGCCAUCACCCUCAGCCUUCGGCCCUCAUCCUUCGACUCUCAGCCUUCGGCCAUCAGCCUCCAGCAUUCUUCCUAUUUUGUGCCUCAAAUGAUAUAGAGCUGGGUGCCUCAAAUGAUAUAGAGCUAGGUGUCUUGGAUGAUGGAGAGCUGGCUAACUUGCUGACUGACUCAAAUGAUGAGCAGAAUGAGUAG